AUGAACAAACCACCACAGCCUAUAACGGGACCUUCUUCUGUCCCAAAUCCUUCCCCUUCCCCUGGACUUACACAGCCUGCCUACGGCCCUGGGCAGCCACCUUCUCUUGUUUUUGCCACCCCUCCACCGUCUCAAAUGAAUUCUGCACAACAGCCAAGACAGAGUUACUAUCAGAACCGAUCUGCAAUGCCCAACAGUGCUCCGCGGGUACAGCAGGGCAGUGGUCCCCGACCUGUUGGACCCACACACGUCUACCCACCGAACUCCCAGAUGAUGAUGAUUCCCCAGCAGCAGCUGCCUUUUCCAAGCUCUCCUCAGGGCUACUUCAUCCCCCCUGGACAGUACCGAGCCCCGUACAUGCCUCCUACCCAGCAGUACUCCGUGUCCGGCAGUACAGGCUUCUACCCGGGAACUAGCCCUGCCGAAUACUCUUAUGAGCCCUCUCUUGCUGCGAGGGAGAGGCGGGGUGGUGGGGGGAGAGGGGGCGGGCGAGAGAACGGCCGUCUCUCUCUCCACGGUGCUCCUCUUACCUCCCAGCGCUACCCCGCAGGAGCAUACUAUCCAGCCCAACCUCAGUACCCUCCAUCUGUCCAGCCUCAGAGUGUCAUAAUAAGCACCCCCCCGCAACAGCAACAAGCGCCGCCUCCUCCGCAACCCCCGGCACAGUCACAAGCCCCACCAAAGAGGGAACGAAAACCGAUAACAAUACGAGACCCUAACCAGGGUGGGCGAGAUAUCACAGAGGAGAUCAUGUCUGGUGGAAGAUCCACCAACACGCCGACGCCACCACAGGCCUCCACAGCAGAGAUAAACCCUGCCCAGACCAACGGUGAAGUUUCACAGUCGGCCACCGCACUGACACCAGGAGAUGAAAGCAUAGAGCUUCCCGCUGAUGCUGAAACCCCUCCACCUCCCGCUAUGGCAAAGAUGGACCCUGUGGCUGAGGCCACACCGGAAGUGGAAGCCCUCAUAGCUCCGCCUCGUGAGCCGUCUCCCCCACCUGUAGCCCCUACAGCUGCUGCCGAGAUGCCCUCUCUGCUAACAAAGGACCAGCAGUCUCCACCUUCCCUCCCUCCGGCAGAAGCGGCAACCAUUGCUCCUGCCGAGGAAGAAGUAAACGCUGUCGGUGCUGAUGACGCAGACACGGUUGACUCCCCUAUUGGAUCUUCAGCAUCAUUAGCAGCACCGGAGACGCCCCUGAAAACAGAGGAGCCUCAGUCGGCUCCACCUGAGGAGGCACUGGAAAAGGAAGGAGUGAAAAAAGAGGAAGUUAAGAUACUGGACAAAGAGGAGCAAGAGGUCAGCUCUAAGCCGGAACCCGCACUUGAGAUCGCAGAAACGGUUACCCCUGUUACCACGGCAAACGAAGAGAAGGCGCCACAGGAAGCAGACGAAGCAUCUCAGCCCGCCAACUCUGUGCAGGAGCCUGCGGUCUCACAGAGCCACGACGAUAACCUGAGCAGCGCUCCCGAGCUGGAGCCCACACCGACUGCAGAGACUCCUCUUUCCAAUGGUCUUCCUCAGGAGACUGAAGAACUCUCCGAGAAUAUGGCCGUUUCAGACACUACACCCCAUGAAAAGCCUGACACUUCCCGAUCUCAGGAAUCCACACCUGUGGCUAAAAAAGGAACAGCAGCCCAAGAGGAAGAGAAGGAGGAGAAGAAAGAGGAAGAGCAGAAAAGCAAGGCGGAUGAUGGCCCUCCUGCCUCGGUCGGCUGCCCAGAGGAAUCUACUAUGCAAGCUGCUACGUCUGUGCCAAAAAAGAAGAAGAAGGACAACAUGAAAGAGUUUAACAAGAAGGAAGCCAUUGGGAACCUCCUGGAUGCCUUCACAGAGGAGCAGGUUGCCACGACUGUUCCUGAGCCCUUGCCCACUCAGGCCAGCCCUCCUGCUCCAGUUGAACCUCCUGCAGAGGCACCAGAUGAGACCUGGGAGGAGAAAGAGGACAAGCAGAAUGCAGAACCAGACAAACCUAAAGCAACACCUGAGCCAACUGAGCAGAAGUAUCAGUACAAAGAAGAAAACUGGAAGCCGCUAAACCCGGAAGAUAAGAAGCGGUACGACAGGGAAUUCCUCCUUGGCUUCCAGUUCAUCAGCGCCAGCAUGCACAAACCCGAGGGCCUGCCUAUCAUCAGCGACGUGGUCUUGGACAAAGUGAACAAGACUCCACUCCGCCCUGCUGACCCAGCACGUCUGAUGAUUGUUGGUCCCGACUUUACUCCCUCAUAUAUAUCUAAUCUUGGGAACAGAUCAGUGGGAGGGCCACGAGGCACGCUCUCUGGGCCACGUCGCUCCCAGCAAGGCCAACGGAAAGAGCCCAGGAAAAUCAUCAGCAGCAUGUCGCUCAACGAUGAUGUGCAGCUCAACAAGGCCGAGAAAGCCUGGAAGCCGUCUGUGAAGAAGCCCACUCGCGGACGCGCUGCAGAAGAGCCUGAAGAAGACGACUCUGAUGAGGGCAAGACUAAAGAGUUAUUCAAGCGUCUGCGAAGCAUCCUAAACAAACUGACCCCCCAGAAGUUUCAGGAGCUGAUGAAACAGGUGUCAGAGCUGACUAUUGAUACAGAAGAGAGGCUGAAGGGAGCCAUUGACCUCAUCUUUGAGAAGGCCAUCUCGGAGCCCAACUUCUCUGUGGCUUACGCCAACAUGUGCCGCUGCCUUAUGGGGUUGAAAGUUCCCAGCCCAGACAAGCCAGGAAAUUAUGUGAACUUUCGCAAACUGCUGCUCAACCGCUGCCAGAAAGAGUUUGAGAAGGACCAGGAUGAUGAUGAGAUCUUUGAGAAAAAGCAAAAGGAGCUGGAGGCUUCCAAGGUUGAUGAGGACCGCGAGCGCCUGAGGGUGGAGCUGGAGGAUGCCAAAGACCAGGCUCGACGGCGCUCACUGGGUAACAUAAAGUUCAUUGGUGAACUCUUCAAGCUGAAGAUGCUGACAGAAGCCAUCAUGCACGACUGUGUAGUGAAACUACUGAAGAAUCAUGAUGAAGAGUCUCUGGAGUGUCUCUGCAGGCUUCUCUCCACUAUUGGCAAAGACCUGGACUUUGAGAAGGCUAAGCCUCGUAUGGAUCAGUAUUUCAACCAGAUGGACAAGAUCAUCAAAGAGAGAAAGACUUCAUCCAGAAUCCGCUUCAUGCUGCAAGAUGUCUUGGACCUUAGAAGGUGCAACUGGGUACCUCGCAGAGGAGACCAGGGUCCUAAAACAAUUGACCAGAUUCACAAAGAGGCAGAGUUGGAGGAGCACAGGGAACAGAUCAAAGUGCAGCAGCUUAUGUCAAAGAAGGAUGGGGGUGGCGGAGGAGGAGGAGGAGGAGGAGGCGGCGGCGGCAGGAUGGGAGGGAACAUGGGGGGCCGAGGCCCUCACGCAUCAGGGAGCCGGAUCAGCGUGCCUCAGGACGAGGGCUGGAACACAGUGCCCAUCUCAAAGAAUCGACCCAUCGACACUACCCGCAUUAGCAAGAUCACAAAGCCCGGUGCUCUGGACUUCAACAACCAGCUACUCGCCCCCGGGGGAAAAGGCAUGUGGGGGAGCUGGGGAAAAGGCAGCAGUGGCGGCAGUGGAGCUAAACCAGCAAGUGGAGAGCAGGAAUCUGGACGUCCGGCUACCAGCACCCUCAACCGCUUCUCAGCCCUGCAGCAGUCUGGCCCCAUGCAGCCUCCAGCCGAGUCCGAUCGCAGAGUUCCCCAGAGGUCGAGCUCCAGCCGUGAGCGCGGCGGGGACAGAGACAGGGGGGACCGCUUUGACAGGUUCACCCGCCCCGAGGCCCGCGACGGGAGCCAGGCCACCAAGAGGAGCUACAGCAGAGAGUCACAGGAUCGCGGCGGGAGGGGCGGAGAGAGCCGGGCCGCUGUCGAACCCAUGCGCCGCGUCGCCAGCAUGACCGACGACCGGGACAGAGGAAGCCGAGACAGAGGAAGCCGGGACCGGGGCAGCAGAGACAGAGGAAGCAGAGACCGCGGAAGUAGAGACCAAGGUAGCCGCGACAGGCGUCCAAGCAGAGACGUUGCAGUUAAGCGCGAGAGCGUUCCCACUCCUCCUCCUUCUCUUCCCAAACCUGCCUUGUCCGAAGAAGAAGUGGAGAAGAAGUCGAGCGCCAUCAUUGAAGAAUACCUCCACAUCAACGACGUGAAGGAGGCCUUGCAGUGUGUUGCAGAGCUCAACAGUGCCUCGCUGCUGUACGUGUUUGUGCGGAACGGCGUGGAGUCGACUCUGGAGCGCAGCACCAUUGCAAGAGAGCACAUGGGCCUGUUGCUGCACCAGCUUGUGAAAGCUGGGACAUUGCCCACGCAGCAGUACUACAAAGGGCUACAAGAAAUCCUGGAGGCAGCAGAGGACAUGGCCAUAGAUAUACCUCACAUCUGGCUUUACCUCGCUGAACUCCUUACCCCCAUGCUCCACGAGGGAGGCAUCCCUAUGGGACCACUCUUCAGGGAGAUCUCGAAGCCUCUUGUGCCUCUGGGGAAGGCGGGUGUCCUGCUGGCACAGAUCCUGAAGUUGCUCUGCAAAGGAAUGACUGCUAAGAAGGUCGGGUCUUUGUGGAAAGAAGCUGGGUUAAAUUGGAAUGACCUCCUGCCCAAGGAUGAAGAUGUCAACAAGUUUGUCACUGAUGAGAAAGUGGAGUUCACCACUGGAGAGGACAUGGACUCAAAGGAAGCCGGUAAUAAGCAAGCCCUCAGUGGAGAGGAGCUGAGCAAACAACUGGACAGACUCCUCCAGGACAAAGCCAACAACCAGCGGAUCAGAGACUGGAUUGAGGCUAAUUUGGACGAGCAGCAGACUGCCUCCAACCAGUUCAUACGAGCAUUGAUGACAUCCGUGUGCCAGUCGGCCAUCAUAUGCGACAACCCGUACAAAGUGGACGUGCAGCAAAUCAACCAGCGGGCCAGUCUGCUGCAGAGAUAUCUGUGCGACGAGCAGAAAGAGCUGCAGGCUCUCUACGCCCUGCAGGCACUCAUGGUGCACAUGGAGCAGCCUGCAAACCUGCUGCGGAUGUUUUUCGACGCCCUGUACGACGAGGACGUGAUUAAAGAGGAGGCCUUCUACAAAUGGGAGUCCAGCAAAGACCCCGCCGAGCAGACAGGCAAAGGUGUGGCCUUGAAGUCAGUCACAGCCUUCUUCACCUGGCUCCGUGAGGCCGAGGAGGAGUCCGACAAGGACUGA